AUGGACCGUUCUGUCGUAGUGUUGUUGCUUGGAAUCGUGGCGUGUGCGGUGGCGGUCGACUACUAUUUUGACGAGAGGACCUGCCUAAAAAUCCAGCCGGGCCUGUGGGUUCGGGACGAGAAGGACUGCACGGUGGCCCACCAGUGUGGGUUCGACGCCGAGGUGAUCCAGUCCAUCCGCUGCAACUCCAGUCAGGUGUGGUCCAAGCUGGCGUCUGCCUGCGUCUGGGAAUGGGACCCCGAUCGAGAUGACUGCAAUGGCCGACCGGCCCAACCCAUCCCGAAUGACCCCCGUUGUGUUAAAAAGACUGGUAACAACAUAGACCCGGAGGACUGCUCCAAAUUCGUGUCGUGUACUAACGGAACCAUGGUGGCGGUACAACGCUGCGGCGAUGGAACAUUGUACAUGCCCCGGAACAACUCGUGCGAAUACGCGCAUAUGGUUGUGCAUGAAUGCGGGUCAAGACGAGUCCCGGACACUAUCGUUAUCAGAGAAGAAGACCCCCUGUGUCGCCACGAAGGUCAAACAGCCGACCCUGAGAGCUGCAUUCAUUUUAUUAUUUGUCAAAAUGGCCGACGUGUCCAGAGAAUUCAAUGUCCAUAUGGAACAGCCUUUUCCAGGGCUAAGGGUGACUGUGACUGGCAGACGAAUGUAGACUGUGACCAAAGAGUUCUGUAACAAAAUAUUUCAUUGGUUGUGUUCACAUCACGUGAUGAUUUUCUGCUGUCUCAUUUGAAUGUGAUUUUAAGAAGUUGUACAUAACUAGAAGUGGUGACUCGUCGAGAACAACAGAUUUUCUCCUAUUUUAAUUUUUAUGCUUUUGGUAUUUUAAUCGCAUGUUACAAAUAUUUUCCCACUUGGGGUCGCCGUUUUAUGAUAUUCAGUAAAUGUUCGGAUCUUUUUACUAUCGUCUUUCUUUCAAGUUAACUAUUAUUAUUAUUAUUUUAUUUUUUUUGUGGGUUUUUUAUUUGGGUUAGAUCAAAGUGACUUUUUUUCAUCCACUAUCCCUCAGAACAUUUUUUUUUUUGUUAAAUAAGAAAACAAAUGCCGGGAUAUAUUUGAAGUAUUCAUACCACUCCAGCUAUAUAAUUGGUUUUAGAUUUCUAUUUUUACGUUUCAGUUUAUUUCUGACUAUGAUAUAAAAUAUUUUUGUUCAUUG